AUGACGAACAAGAAGCCUACUUGGUCCUCCUCGGCGUCCGCCUGCUCCGGGGGCUCCCGCAUUGGGCUACCCUGCGCGGUGGCGAACCAGAAGAAGAAGAAGAGGGCCAGGAGCGACGCCGUCGUUGUCCCGGCGAGGGGGUCAUCCGUGUACAGAGGCGUGAGCAGGCACUGCGCCUCGGGAAAGUACGAGGUGCACCUGUGGGACAGGCAUUACCGGAGCACGGCUGAGAACAGGAGAGGCAGGCAAGGAGCUUAUGACACCGAAGAGGCUGCAGCUCGCACCUAUGAUCUCGCGGCGCUCAAGUACUGGGGUGCACAGUGCGGCGGCCUCCUCCUUAACUUCCCGGUGGACACGUACAAGGACGAGCUGGAGAGGAUGCAACGCGUGACCAGAGAGGAGUACGUGGCCAUACUCAGGCGCGACAGCAGUGGCUUCACCAGAGGCGCCUCCAAGUACAGGGGAGUAGCAAAGCAUCACAAGAAGGGCCGGUGGGAGGCGAGGAUAGGCUGCGGUAGCGGCAGCGGCAGCGGCGGCGGCAAGAGAUACCUCUACUUGGGGAUAUUCAUUACCCAGGAAGAGGCGGCCCGGGCCUACGACCUCGCGGCGAUACAACUCCGGGGCCUCGCCGCGGUCACCAACUUCGACGUCGAUUCCUACUACGUGGACCAGCAGCUGCAGCCGCCCCUCUGCAAGGUCGACCCAGACCCUGAACCGGCAGGGCAACUGCUGCUGCCCAAGGUCGAGCCCAAGGAGGAAGAGCCCGAGCCCGGGCCAGUGCUCCGGGACGACGUGGACGACGUCGACUGCGCCAUCGCCGAGGUACUGCAGGCGCUCUGCAUGGACCGCGCCGACUUCGAGGCCAGGUACCCGCCCCGCGGCGCGCCCGGAUGGUGGCCGUCUGACGACGACUUGCGCGAGCUGCCGGCUGACGUGGGCUUCGAGGACGACAUCGAGAGCGUGCUCUUCGACGCGCCGCCCGCCGCCUGA